AUUAUUUGGUCUACGAACGGCGUACUUGGCUUCGCCCUUCUUUCCGUCCGUCGCUGUUGCACAGCAUUCUGCGUUCCCGUCCGACUAUUGUAUCACCCAACACAUACACACACACACACACACACACAAUGUCGGCCUCCAGGGCUACGUCGUCGACACAGGUCACCGGAGCUGCCCGACUGCUCCAGCGGCAGCUCAAGGAGAUACACACGUCUGACGAUCCUUCGGGAAUAUCAGUCGGCCUGGUCAACGAGAGCAACGUCUUCGAAUGGAAUAUAUCCCUCAUGAUAAACGACGACUGCAAAUACUACGGUGGCGCCUCCUUCCACGCCGUCAUGACCUUCCCCCCCGAAUACCCCCACAUGCCUCCCACGAUUGUCUUCCAGAACCCUGUGCCCUUCCACCCGAACAUCUACCCUAACGGUGAACUGUGCAUCUCGAUCCUGCACCCACCGGAGGAAGACAAGUACGGCUACGAAAGCGCCGCCGAGCGGUGGAGUCCCGUGCAGACCCCCGAGACGAUCCUCCUGAGCGUUCUCAGUUUGUUUAAUGAGCCCAACGACGAGAGCCCGGCCAACUUGGACGCCGCGAAGCUUUUGCGUGCCGAGCGCGAAGGCGGACCCAAAGAAUUCCGGAAGCGAGUGAGGAAGUGUGUUAGGGAAAGUCUAGGUGAAGAUUAGGCAAUCGAAGGGGGAACAAAGUAUCAACAACCACAUACCAGCAACAUUCGAAGCAUCAGCGAUUUGUGAUUUGACCAACAGGAGCUACUUUACCUAGGGAUGGAGUUUCGGAUCGGGGCCUGUCUUCUCGAAU